CUCAACCGGCUCGACUCGCUAGAGAUCGCCGGUUAACACGCUUAUUCGUAUUUAUGCACUAAUAAUCCCAUACACAUGCGAUAAAAGUUGGAAAUCGAAGAGAGUCUUCGGGGCUCUAAACAUCGUCACUGCUAGUUAGGCAAACAGAUACCCCGAGUUAAUUAGACCAUUGAACGACAUCAUGGCAUCCUCCUAUGCCCUACCGCAACCUCCUUUACCGCAUAACCACGGCCAUUCUCACUCUCACUCUCAUUCCCAUUCUCCCUCGUCCUUCGGCCACUCGAGAUCGACUCGUUCCUUGCAGACCUACCCUCAGGGCCAAGGACUCAGAGCCGACUUCAACCAUAGCCAUAGCCACGACCAUGACCAUGAUCAUGACCACGAGCAUGACCACGAGCAUGACCACGACCAUAAUCAUAGUCACGACCAUCUCGACCAUCUCGACCAUCUCGACCCUAAUGCUCAAGUACAGGUCCAGCAAAAUAUAACACAGUAUCGAGCGAACUCGUUUGUGCCACUACAAAGACGAGAAAACCGGCCGUCACCCCUGAGACAGAAUGCUGAGGAACUGCCUAGUCCACAGAAGAAUGACGUGAUGGACGCGCCAAAGACCCCAAGCUAUAGAGCACCUACUGCCACUGUUAUACACGACCAUGCCCAUGGUGGUGGUCAUGAAGCAACUUACUCAAAAUUUACGGCUUUGUUGCUUCCCUUUACCUCGAAGUGGCCCUUGAUCCACGCCAUCAUGACAGAGAAAGAUUCGCGGCGAAUUUUCUAUUUUAUGGGGGUUAAUUUCACGUUCAUGGGCGUCCAGGCCGUUUAUGGGUAUCUGACCGACUCCCUGGGACUCCUUAGCGAUAGUAUACACAUGUUUUUCGACUGUGUGGCUUUGGCAGUGGGACUUUUUGCGUCGGUUAUGAGUAAAUGGCCGCCUAGCGAGAGGUUUCCCUACGGUUUCGGGAAGAUCGAGACACUGAGCGGGUUUGCAAACGGAGUCUUUUUGAUACUCAUUAGUCUCGAAAUCAUGUUCGAAGGAUUUGAGAGACUACUAGAGGGCCGAGAAACCAAGAGACUUCGAGAGCUCUUCAUUGUUAGUACCUUGGGACUGGUGGUCAAUCUGUUAGGCAUCUUUGCCUUCGGUUCUCAUGGUCAUAGCCAUGGCCAUUCGCACGAUCAUGGUCAUUCUCAUGGCCAUAGCCAUAGCCAUAGUCAUGGCAAAGAUCAUGAUCACGACUGUAAAUCGCACCACGAGCACGAUCACGGCCACAAACACAACCAUAGUCACGGUCACGGUCAUGGACAUGCUCAUUCUCAUAGCCACGAGAACGAAAAUAUGCACGGAAUCUAUUUGCAUAUUCUCGCAGACACUCUUGGAAGUGCCUCGGUGAUCAUAUCGACAGUUCUGACCUACCUCAUUCCAUGGUCUGGCUGGGAUCCUCUAGCGUCCUUCUUAAUUGCGUACUUGAUCCUCAUCACGGCGAUACCCCUGGUAAAAUCAUCAGCCCAGCGCUUACUACUAACAAUCCCAGCGGAUACCGAGUACAAUCUUCGAAAUGCGCUGUCUGAGAUCACAAGUCAGCGAGGCGUUGCCUCGUAUUCUGUACCGAAAUUUUGGGUGGAUGACGGUGUAAGCAGCGAGUCGGGAGGUAGGCUCUUGGGGGUGAUUCACGUGGCCGCAGUUCGAGGUGCAGACUUGGAGGAUGUUCGAGAUAGGGUUCAGAGCUACCUUAGCAAACACGGGAUUGACCUAACGAUACAGAUGGAGAGAGAAGGGGAUACGACAUGUUGGUGCGGGAUGGGUCGGGUCAAUGCUAUAACAUCUAAGGGGCUAUGUGGGUAUUGAGGCGCUGUAACAAUUGGUACUAGGGGCGUUCUAUCUUGCUUGAGCUACCCAUGAACUGGGGUAAGUGCGGAGUAUUGUGGGCAAGCUUGUUCCCUUUCCCCGGAGUUGCGCAUUGCGGCGUUC